UUUUUACUUCCUGAAAUUCACUCUCAAGUUAGUUUGACCUCUGAUGACUUCGUGUUCGUACAAACAGAGACAAAGCAAACGAUUGCUUUCUCCUGCCGACCUGAAUAAGGACACAGGCGCAAUAAGUGGUGGAAACCCAAGAACUGGGCAACGAACAGUGAGCGGAUACGGAGCACAGAAAAGUAGGUUUCCUCUAGUCAAAAACUCUUUCUCCCUCGAUUCUUCAAAUCCACUGACUGACUCGUUGUCUCCUUCAUUUCCUUCUGCGCCCUCUCCCUGUCUCUCUGUGGCAUACGCCGCCUUCAGGAGGAGUCGAUGGCGGCGUCGAUGAAGAUCAUCUUCGGCCUCCUCACUUUCGUCACCGUCGGGAUGAUUAUCGGAAUUUCUCAUUGGUGGAAUUAUAAAGAAGCAGAGAUCCUAAGGCUUGGACAUGUCCAACCUGAAAUCAUUAGUUGGUCCCCAAGAAUUAUCGUAUUGCAUAAUUUUUUGAGUAUGGAGUCAAUCAUGAGCAAUUCAUCCUGCAAUAAGCUUAGGGAAUGUCAUGAUGGAUAUGUGGCCUUGAGAGAUGAUAAUGAGUACUUUGAUAACCUGCAGGAAUGUGACUAUCUUCGGGCCUUAGCCAAACCCCGCCUUCAGGUAUCCACCGUGGUGGAUACAAAAACUGGAAAGGGUGUAAAGAGUAAUGUGAGGACAAGCUCUGGAAUGUUUCUCAGUUCCUCCGAGAGAAAGUAUUCUACGGUACAGGCUAUUGAGAAAAGAAUUGCGGUCUACUCUCAAGUUCCUUCCGAGAACGGUGAGCUUAUCCAAGUAUUGAGGUACGAUAAGGGAGAGUUUUACAAGGCUCAUCAUGACUACUUUUCUGACACCUUUAACAUUCAACGUGGCGGCCAGCGAGUAGCAACAAUGUUGAUGUACUUGAGUGACAAUGUCGAGGGUGGUGAAACAUAUUUCCCUAUGGCUGGAUCAGGCGAGUGCAGCUGUGGUGGGAAGCUCAUGCAAGGUUUGUCCGUAAAGCCAAUCAAAGGCGACGCGGUGCUCUUUUGGAGCAUGGGGUUGGAUGGACAAUCGGAUCCGAAGAGCAUACAUGGAGGAUGCGAGGUUCUCUCUGGAGAGAAGUGGUCAGCCACGAAAUGGAUGCGGCAGAAAUCUGGUUCCUAACUGUUCUUCUACGAACUUGCGCCCUCGCUUUAACUGGUCAAUACUGGGAAGGUACUUCACAUUUCUCCUAGGUCGAUCGGUCAGCCCUUAUACAGCAGAAAAUAUAGAACAGAAGAUAAAAGUAGAGAGUACUAUUUAGAGAAUGUGUAACCUUGAUGCUGUGUGCUUUAGCUGCUGUGCCAUAAAUUAAAUCUUCAUUGCAUCCAAAUUGAUCCUUUGAGAAACAGGGGGGGUUGUUAGGGUCCAUGUACAUACUCUAUAUUAACCUGGAUGGAGACUGAUGAAAUGAUUGUCUUGUUAGUUUGUGUAAUCGACUAAUCGUCAGUUAUCGUUCUAGCGCGAUUUAUAGUGCGAUUUAUAGUUGUUGACUGUGAUUUGUUAGGUUGAGAUGAA